AUGGGUAAUAUUAAUAUCAUUGCUACCGAGACACCUGUUAUUUGGGUCGAAGUACAUACUAGCGGCUCGAUCCUUUCUAAAACGCGCAACCCGCCUUUUACCAUCACCCUCAAGGCCCAUACAGACAGCGCUAAGCCAGUGACAAUCUAUACUUCCAACACAGUCUUCGACUCAGAAAGAGUUCUGGACCAGCAUCAUCUCAUCUUCAGAGACACAAAGAGCGGCGAGCUGGCGGAGCUUCCGCGGAUAGACAUCUGUCCUCCUCCAACAGCCGUAAUACAGCAGAGGUACCGCCCAAAGAUUCAUCAGAACGAUUCACGGUGUCGCACACAAUCCGCAGAGGACAUCGAGGCCAGACAGGCGGCCAUUCAUGCGGCCAUAUUUGCGGCCGUUGCGGCUCAUGUAGAACGGGAUGCCCUGUGUCAAGUAGAGAAAUUUAUUGUCGGGCGCACUUAUGAGAUUGAGCUUGGGGAAAAUGAUAGCCAAGUGGGGUGGUGGAAGAAAGGGACCAUAGCAGAGGUCUUUGCGUAUGGUCUACUGAGCAGACGUACUACAAAGGCCACAAGUAUCCCUCUGAAAUUGGUCAAUACUGCACGUUUCGGGGUAGUAGAGUGA